UCGCAAACCCACCCCUUGUUUCUUCUGAUAUAGUAGCGAAAUCAAAACAAAUGUGCGCAAACAAACCCAGCAACCAUUGCAUUGGAAUUUUCCUUCCCAUACGUUACCUUAUUUGCAGGGGGUCCGUAGUGAAAGAGGGUGGUUUUUCAUUUUACAUCCAACCUGUAUACGCCCACAACGAAUGUGUGUUCGUUCGAGCGCAUCACAGUUUUCGCGAUACUUUUCGCGACUGUUUGGCGCUGGAAAGUGUUUGUGUUGAGUUUCUUUCAUACUUCAUUUUAGUUUUGUGCCCAUCCUACCACCCUCUUAUCAGUCUUUAUAAGUGUGUGUAGGGGUGUAAAAGGGAUAAAGCAGGGAUGAAUAAGGCACAGUUGCAAUCGAAUCAAUGUUACUUUAUGCAGUGAAAACGGAAGGAACUGGACACGUUUUGUUUUUCCUUCUUCAGUGGUAAUAUCAAUCGAUCAAGCGCACAUCUACACAAAGAACAAACGCAAUUCGAUUUUCUUUGUUUCUCGUUUGACCUCGUAAAACGGUUGAUUGUUUACAAGUGGCUGGUGUUAUCUCAUCCAAAAACUACGUUUUGGGAGACCAUUUGCGUGGGUUGUGGAUGUGUGGCUUCAACUCAAACGGGAAGGAACAGCUGCAACAUUUGGAGGGUAAACUCCACUAGAACUGAGCUUUGAGAAGUUACCCAUAAAUAUCACACCGUUUCGUGGUAAAUUAUUUAUUCCUGCAAGAUAAUCAACCGCUGUAAUGGAUGGAAUAUAUAACACACUAUGAGGUACUGUUACGUUGAGAAACCCAGCAAAGAAACUCAUUAGCAUUGUGGAGGCAAAACCAUUUUGCCAUUCUGGUGCCAGGUGGAUUAUUUGUCACUUUGCUUGAUGCGGCAGUAGUACACAACUGCAAACGUUCCACCAUUCGCGGACUGCGUUGAUCUAUGGAAACAGAAAAACCUCCGUUAAGUUGCAUCAAUCCCAUAUCCCUUUUCGAUGAGUCAUAAUACCCCGCCAACGAGAAUCAUCAUUGCAAAAAUCGCACUCAAGUGCAUCAUCACCAGCUACGAACGUGAUAGAUAAGGAACGCUGCGCCAUUGCUACUUCUACAAGCGCUGUUAAAGAAACCAGAAAGCAACAUGGAGGUAUCGGCGGAAGAGUGGAUGGAGCGGGCGAAGGAAAACAUGAAAAAAUUUCUUAACCGAGGUGGUGCAUGCCGAGGAGAUGAGCCACAAAUGCUGGUCGGAGCGGCACUAGAAAAUACGCUCGGUUAUGCCCUUAACCUUACGAUGAAAGAUCCAAAUGAGUGGACCGACGAGGAACUGCAGCAGGAGUAUAUGGAACAGCUAUGCUUUUACGACAUCGAAUCACGCAAGACAAUCGACAAGCUGACGCAGCAGAUGUACGCUCAAGGUGUCGUACCGGACGAACCGUGCCAUCUAACGAUCAUACCGAUUGAACUGUACGCCGAAGGGAAGCUCUAUGAGGUGGCCCUGUUCCGGUACCAGUUCGGGGAUCCGCAAGCAACGGAACCGAAGUACAUCGACUCGUACGGUCGUGUGUACGGGAGCUUUCGGGAUUUUUUGCGUAACAAUAAGUAUCCCUCGGCGGAGAUGAUUUACCCGCGUGAAGGACGUCUUGAGGCAGGUGAAGAGAAAACAGUACUGUACGAGGUCGGUAAAACACCCGCCUGGAAAGCGUACUAUUUCAAAGCAUUGGACAUAGCAACGGGAAUCAUUGGAAUUGCCGGUGCAACUGGAGCCAUCUUUCUGUCCGGUGGUAUUGCAACACCAUUUGUUGCGGCUAGCAUUGGAUCGGCGUUGUACGCAACCGGACGCUCGAUCGAUGUGCUGCGUGACAAAAGCGCCCAUCAGGAAUCGUUGAACCCGUUCCUUGAUUCCGAAUCGCGUACCGCCUGGUUGAGCCUAACUGCACACGUGCUCACCUUCGGCACAAUGCCCCACAUAUCGGCACUGUCCGGGGUCGCCUCAACCAGCCACAGCAUCGCAACAGGGUUUAAGGUGUGCAACUUCAUUAACGAGACGGGCAACAUCAUUAGCGAUUUGGUGAUAUGCGAUACAUUGUCAGCAAUGCAUUCGAAUUACUACAAUGCGUCAAUCGAAACACGGUUGGCGCAUGCUGCCUCGAUCUGCUUCUGGACAAAGACCACCAUCAGCAUCCGGCAGGCGGAACUGAUGAUGAAGAACAAUGCAAUCGUUGCGCUAAAGCUGUUCGGUUUUGAGGAUCACUGCUGCGAGUACUUUAACAACGAUUCGCACGCGAUCGACAUUGGGUUGCGAAUAGCGAAGCAUUCCCUCGAGACGAAUGUGCAGAUCGUGUCCGAUCCGAGUGAUCCCGGUGCAAUACGGAUCGAUGGUACCCGGUUUCCCAUCAAGGAACUAUUGCGGCUUGAACCGAACGAAGUCGAAUUGCUGUUUGAAGCGUUGCAAGGCGUUUCGUCGACACCGGACGAUCGUGCACUGUUCGAUGAAAUGCGCACCUUGGUUUGUACGGCGAAAAACUCCGAGGAAGAGGAAAAGUUAAGCGUACUGAUGCGUCUGCUUGCCGGGGAAGCCGAACGGGAGUGUCUACCAGCUAGCGAUAUUAUGGAAAUGUUACUUCAAACAUUUGCCGCUAUUAAGCGAUGCGAAGUGUCAGCUAACGUUCAGCCUACCACAUUCCAACUUUCGGUGGAACAGGAUGGAUUAUGUGUCGGACGUGGCCUGUGGUUGCGUUUGAAAAGGGGAUACAUUUUGUUUGCAUCCAAACGAACACCAACUCUACCGGUGAAGCUGACAGGCGCUGGUGAUGGUGAUAGCAAAUCUCCCGACAAAGAACCAACCAUGAUUGAAGAUGAUAAGGAUUCGGAUCGAUUAAUACGGGCAGUAUUGGAGCUGUCGGAAACGCAGUGCCGCCAGUUGACGGAAAUAAUACGCCGGGAUCCAAACUAUUUUUCUAUUUUUAAGCAAAAAUCACUGGAUGUAAUCGUGCAUGAUGGUACCACUGAGGGUAAAGAGGCAACGGCAAACCAAACGGAGCAACUCCUCUACGAAAAGCCUAAGGAUAAUAUUCUGAAAGCUUUAGAGCGGGAAGGAAAGGAUAGUUAAAUCAACGGCUGCGGUAAGUUUGACCUUUUAUCAUCUGCAUUCCUUCUCCCAACAAAAGAACAAAAAACCAAUGUAUGUUUAUGGGUGGGUUUGUGUGUGUUUUGUUUUAAUAACGUAGAGAAAAAGAAAACGCGUCUAUCGGCAAACAAAAGAGCAAUAUAAAAACAUGAGUGAAACAUAUCAAAAAUAGCUACUAACAUUUUUACUCAUAUGAAACUAACAAACCAAACGUACGAAUAUAUCCAUUCAUUAGCCAAAUUUUUAGAAGCAUAACAAACAAAUGAACGAAUAAUGGAACAAAUCAGCUUUUGUAGCGUCCUUAAAGACAUUAGUAAAGAGAGUAAGAAAGCAACAGAAACAACAAAAUAUGAAACUAUACAACCAAAUAGGAACAAAUUUAUGCGAAACCAGAAUGUGAAACAAAGCGUAACCGAAACAUAUCAAUUCAAAACGAGUAUAAUGUUUAGCUACAACAUAAUAUUAUGGAAGUAUAUAUGUAUACAUUAUACGGCAUUCGAUGAAGCAACAUCUAGAGAAACCAUGUUUCAGAAUUGUUUUAAAAGCAAGUGAGCAGCAGUGAUUUGGUUUUUGUUUGGUAUUAGCUCUAUUGUUCGUGCUUGACCUUUCUUGAACCUGCAGGUUUUCGUGACUAUUCGCGGUGAAAUACAAGUCUCAUAAUUUCAAACCAAAUCAGGUUAACAGCCGAGCAGAUAUACCAUAACCAUGAAGGCAAAUGUAAAACAUUUUAUGAAGCUCCAAUUCAACUUUAAGAUGUUAAUUUUAAAUGUGUAAUUCAUAAAAGAAUCCAGAGCAAAUGUAUGUGUUCUUUUAAGCCUUUUACAAGGAAGUUUGGAAUACUAAUUAUCAUUGUGCCGCGGAUACGUCCAUAUCAAGGGUCAGGCUAAGUGCUUAGCUUAUUUUUCAACACUUUUAGAAGUGGCCCAAGACCGUCACUAAGUAGGAAAGAGAUAGGUUAUUUCUGCCUAUACAGGGGGCAUGGUUCUGUCCAUAAGAUAUCCCGGAACGGGGUUGUAAUAAGCACACAUUUUAACACAAAAACAUAUAACAAACAAACAAAACAACCAUCCAUACAUACACUAUCCCCUGUUUUACAUCGUGCUUCCUUCGUGCGCUUGGUGUGGAAUUUCCUUUCCAUUAAGUUAUUCUAAUCCACUAAUUUUUACAAGUCUUCUUAAUCCCCCCCAGUGCGUGUUUCCUUUUGGUUCCCGUCAAUCCGACUGAACAAAGAUGAUUGGUGACUGUUUGUGGUAAAAGCGAAAUGCACAAAACAAAACAAAACAACAGUAAAAAAUCAAACAAACAUAAUCAAAUACGAAUCAACACACUGUUGAGCAUCACAAACGUUUCUACCUGAACAUACAAACACACACCUUUGAUGGAAUAACAUAAUUGCAGCAUUUACUAGCGGCAAACUAUUUCGAGAAAGCUGUUUUUUUAAGUACUCUAUUUACUAAACUAUUUGUAACUUUUUUUUGUGUCUCUAUCUAAAGAAAAGCCCAAAAACAAAACACACAAACAAAGUCUUGUAAAGUUUACCAAAAACUAGUGUAUCGUGAUAGAUUGGAAGAAUUUAAACAGCGUAGCAAACAUAUGCCGAAAACAGAAUAUUUAUACAGGACAUUGUGUGAGUGAGCAUUAAAAAAACCCACUAACUACUAGCAAGUAGAAAUGGUAUUCGAGAAUACAAAAUUAUGAUAGAAGCUUUGUAGGUUUUGUAAAGCAUGUAAUACCUUCACCAGUAUAGCGCAUAAGACAGAUACAUAUAUAGUACCAGUUUGAAACGAAAAAGAAUCUAUAACACGUUGGUAUAAUAAGAGAGUAUAUGAGAACAUUAAAGUGUAGCAAAGCAAAAUCGCAAAAAACACCAAACAUUUGUAACGUGUCGAAAAAGGAUAGAAAAAAACAACAAGGAAAGUUCGUUAAAGCUAGCACAGGGUAGAGUAGUGGAACCUGUGUGAAAGGCAUUAUCAUUCCUGGUUCGAAUUUGAUACAUUAUUACCAACUGAUUGCCCUACAUGAAAAUUUCCAUUUGAUAGUUUUCUUGGCUCUAGAAUGGCCAUUGCCAGUGAUGCCAGUAGCAGCAAUAACAGUAAAUCUCCGUUCACUUAUGCUUCCUUGUGUGUUUGGUGAACCAUAUGGAGAAAUGGUCAAUUAAAUGCUGCAUAAACCGUGUUGCAUACAACCAGGCAAUAAAUAUCAGUUUUGUAUAAUAUAUUUUGUAUCUCAUUUUUUACGCUCAAAACAGAUAUAUAACAUUGAGUUCUAUAAGCGUAAUACGAAGAUUCCGUUUUGUACCGUGUGUUAAGUAUUUCGGUUUUGUGUUCUAAUCGGUGCUUUUGGUACAGUGGUGAAGCUGCACGAACUUAAGCUUUAAUAUGUAAAACAAACAUAUUUGUUCGAGAAUAGAUCAAACACGAAAAUAAAACAAAAACAGUUCCCUUAUAGAAA